GAACAUAUGCAAGACCGGUAGCAACACCUGUCGCGAAACUUCGGCUACAAACAUGGAAGAAGACAUCAGUAAGAGUGUCUCUGUCCGUGGGUUUCCUAAUGUUGAAGGAGAAGAGUUGGAAAACCUCAAAGACAAGCUACAAAUCUACUUUCAGAGCGCCAAGGAGUCACGGGGUGGGGACGUGGACCACUUGGAGUUGGUAGAACCUGGACGGAUGAAAAUUCAGUUUGUGGAAGGAGAAGCUGCGACAAACGUCCUGUCAAGACCCUACCAUCAAAUCAACGUAUUCGGGAAAGUCUAUCCCCUGGAAGUCCAGCCCUACCGGCCGGCACCUACCAAGCCAACCCAGCCUCACGAUGCAGGACAACCUGGCUAUCCAGUGGGGUCAAACGAACAAAUUUACAAGUAG